AUGUCCCAGCACGAUGCGGACUUGGCGCCGAAGCGGGGCGAAGAGCCGCUCCGCCACCUUGGCUACAAGCCGGUGUUACACCGAACAUACAACCUCUUCCACAACUUCGCCACCACGUUUGCCGCGCUGUACUUCAUUGGCGGUGUGCGCGUGACAUUUAGUACUGGAAUUGCCGCGGGCGGGAACCUUGCUUACUGGACGAGCUUCAUUGUCACCUGUGUCUUCACCUUCAUAACAGCAGCCGUUAUUGCCGAAACAUGCUCCUCCCUUCCGUUGGCUGGAUCCAUCUACCUGUGGGCUGCCGAAGCCGGUGGCCCUCGCUUCGGUAGACUCUUUGGAUUUGUUGUGGCUUGGUGGAGCACAACGGCAUGGACGACCUUCUGCGCCAGCAACACUCAGGCAGCGGUCAAUUAUAUGCUUUCUGAAAUCGUAGUCUUCAACGUAGACUUCCCCUCCGAUGCAUCUAGCGUCAAGUUCCGAGCCGUCCAAUGGAUCUGCACCGAAGUCCUGUUGGCCGUCGCUGCCAUUGCCAACCUCAUCCCUCCCCGCUACUUCCGCUGGGUCUUCUACGCAUCAUCCUUCACCGUCGUCCUUGACUUUCUCAUGAACCUGAUCUGGCUGCCCAUCGGCACCGCCAACACGUACGGGUUCCGCUCGACUCACGAUGCCUUCAUGACGACGUACAACGGCACCGGCGCCCCUGCCGGUUGGAAUUGGUGUCUCUCUUACCUUGCCACGGCCGGCAUACUCAUCGGCUUCGACGCCUCCGGCCACAUUGCCGAGGAGACGCGCAACGCCUCCAUCUCCGCCGCCCGCGGCAUCUUCUGGAGUACCGUGGUCAGCGGACUCGGCGGCUUCGUCGUCGUCAUCUUAUUCCUGUUCUGCGUCCCCGACGCCGACACUCUCUUCUCCUUCGGCGGCGCCCAGCCCUUCGUCCCUCUCUACGCCGUCAUCCUCGGCAAGGGCGGCCACAUCGUCAUGAACGUCGUCUGCGUAAUCGCGCUCUGGUUUAACACAGCCAUCGCCAUCAUCGCUGCCUCCCGGCUCGUCUUCGCCGUCGCCCGCGACGGCGUCCUCCCCUUCUCCCCCUGGGUCUCGCGCGUCGACCCCGCCACGGGCCAGCCCAAGAACGCGGUCCUCGUCGUCUGGGGCGUCGCCGCGCUCGUGACGUGCAGCAUCCUGCCGUCGGGCGUGGCCUUCACGUCGCUCGUCUCGGCCGCGGGCGUGCCGUCGGCGGCGGCGUACGGCCUCAUCUGCCUGGGCCGCCUGCUGCUCACGCCCAAGACGUUCCCGCGCCCGCGGUGGAGCCUCGGCGCCUGGAGCAAGCCGUUCCAGGUCGUGGCCGUCUUUUGGAACGGCUGGGUCGUCGCGGUGCUGUUCAGCCCGUACGCGUGGCCCGUCAGCGCCGAGACGCUGAAUUAUGCGCCGGUUAUUAUGGGGAUUGUGACGGUGUUUGCGGUGCUGAGUUGGUGGGUCGUGCCUGCUGAGCGGUGGUUGCCGAGUCAGCGGAUUAGGGAGGUGUUGGAGGCGGAUGAGAGGAGUCCUGGUGGUACUAUUGCUGGUGGGUUGAGGGAGGGGGAGGUGGAGCACGUGCGCUGA